AUGCUUCUCAGUGGGGUACAAUCAUCAAGUAUCAAUGAUACUCAAUGUGGUUCACAUAUAGGACUCACCGAAAGUAUGAGCUCUCAGUGGGGACAAUCAUCAAGUAUCAAUGAUACUCAAUGUGGUUCACAUAUAGGACUCACCGAAAGUAUGAGCUCUCAGUGGGGACAAUCAUCAAGUAUCAAUGAUACUCAAUUUGUUAGUAGAAAUAAAAUGUGGCAAAAAUCAAAACCUGAAACUAUCGUCAUAGAAGACGAACAAGAAUUGGAUUUUCAUCCAAUCGAUUUAACGACAGAUGAAUUCUUUGUUACUUUGAACGAAAAAACUCAAAAUCAGUCUACAUUAACUAAAAUUAAAAUGGAAGUCAUUUAUAAUGAUGUGAAUAAAGCAAUCUACAAAUAUGGCAAACCGGAACUUAAACCAUAUGAGAAACUUAUACCAUAUGAGGCCAUGUUUGUAGAUGGCGACUCGGUUUUUAAUUUAAAAAACAUCGACAUAGUCGACGAAAAAGAAGACUAUGAAGACGAUUAUGAUGAAGAUGAUGAUUAUGAUUAUUACGAUUAUGAUGAAGAUGAUGAUUAUGAUGAUUAUGAUUAUGAAAAUGAUUAUUAUGAAAACGAUUACAAUGAAGUCGAUGAAAUAGAUAAUGAAAUGGCUGUUGAAUAUGAUAAUGAUGAAGAUAAUGGCGGUGAUAAAGAACCUAUGGAAAUAGACAAUUGA